GGAGGAGUCACGCACCUGUGAAUACACACCUGGCUUCCAGAGAGAACGAGAAGGACAGCCAAGCUGGAGGAGAGACAGAAGAGAAGAGAUAGACAGAAACUCACAGAAAAGAGGGUCUUAAAGUGCAAUGACCUCACCUGCUGGACUCAACUGGACAGAGAACUGAACCUAAGGAUAUUGACGCAGAUAACAACCACCUCAACGGACGUACAUUUACCUGCACAGAGCUUUCAGAGUCUGUUUUCAUCUAAAUGGCGACCGCAGAACCAGCACCAGCCUGGUGGAAACUGACCUUCCUGCGUAAGAAGAAAUCAGAGCCGAAAGUGUUGUACGAAAUCCCUGGAGACCACAGCAGCAAUGCCGGGGAGACGCCCGGGACACCCGACGCGGCUGCGGACAGCCAGUUUAACGCCCGCUUGGAACGCAUUGUGGACAAAACCGCGACAAAGGGACGCCACGUGAAAGUCUCACAUUCGGGCCGGUUUAAAGAGAAGAAGAGAAUCCGCUCUACACUGGCAGAAAACCCUGACCUGUUCCCUGAGGCAGAAACGGCAGCUAAUCAGAAUAAUACAAGUGGAAAAUAGAGUCCCUGUGUAAACACAGUGUGUGUGAAGCAGCUCAAGAGGGCCUUGGUCUAUGCAGCACUCUUCCAUUGAUGUCCUCUGUAGUUUACAAUCACCUGAGGCCGAGCCUGAAGCAAGGAAAGGACCGCUGAAUUAGUGACUGAUCUAUACUAAUGUUUAGGAACAAAGACAGGCACAAACCCAAAGAUCAGGUUUCUUCACAGAUACGCACGGCAGGACUGCAUUGUGCUCGUCUGAUGAAAGGCUGACAGUUAGCAAAUGUUUAGCCAAGAGCAAUCCACUGCGAGAGAAUCAAAUCAAUCACAAAUCAACACAAGAUAUCAGUAAUGUUUUGAUUAUUCUAGAUUUCUGUUUUUCUUUUUAUAUAUAUAUAUAUAUAUAUAUUUAUAUAUAUAUAUAUAUAUAUAUAUAUAUAUGGUGAACACUACAAUUGCAGCUGCAGCACUUUUGAUUCAAUAGGAAUAUUACCAGCAAUAAUAUGCUAUUAUAGUAAAAGAUCACAUAGAGAAGUUUAUUCCACAUUUCUAAUAUAUUGUAAUUAUAUUAAAAUAUUGUUAUCAUUAUUUAAAAAAGAAGUGACUUAGCUUUCAACCACCAACUAGACCAAAAUAUCUGUUUUAAAUAAAGGUUGCUUUGAUCUCGUUAGAUAUUUAUUGUACAUUGUUUAUAAAAUUGAAUCUGAACAUGGUGGGGCUUUUACAUUUUAAUUAUUGUUUUUUUUUAUGUUGAAAGAAAUCGUCAAAUAUUUGCACACACUGUUUGCUUAGCUGGGAUUUUAAGCUGAAUUUUGUACAGAAUUACGUGUUGUUUUUAAAUGGAUAUCUCUAGAAAAUAAAUGAAUGAAUUCAGGA